UUUCCUUCUCCUUUCACUCAGUUUCUCUGCUCCUCUCUGACCGACAGCUGCUCCGCGCUGCACCGCCCUGUUCACCGGGACACACAUCAAGCACACCGCACGAACAGGACCCGACCGGACCUCCUGCAGCUCGGAUCAGAGCAGGUCGGAGGUUACACUUUUGGACUGUUUUUUCCUGAUCGACAGCGGAGCUGCUGCUGCUGUGAGUCCGCAGGAGGAAGCUCGUCCAGCGCUGCUGCUCCGGAGGAUCCCCGGUCUGCCCAGCUCAUUCCAGAUCCGUGUGGGUCCAAGAUCUCUGGUCCUGUCUCACACUGUCGGAAGAUGGACAGCUGCCGUCUGUCCCUGCAGUAGGACAGUUAUGGACAUCCUGUUCCUUGCAGGCCGAGGACACGAAGAUCGAUCUAGACUCCAUGUUUGUCAUCAUGGCCUCGCUGAGUGGAAGCACACCGGUUGAGACGCUUCUGGCAGCGAUCCAUCUGGAGAGGUACCUGGACAUCUUCCGGCGAGCCAGUCUCCUAUUGGCUAGAGACUUCACCCACCUGGAUCAUGAAGCCUUGGUCAGUCUGGGUGUAACCGCCACCGGACACAGAAAGAGAAUCCUCCGCUUGAUUGGUCACAUCCAGAGGGCAGAAGAUCAUAGAGUCACUGAUCUUCCCCGUGACCGUUGUCAGUCAGUGACAGACAUUUGUUCAUCUGAUCAAGGUCGAGGCGCUGUGGCGCUUCGCCAGUCAGCAGGAUCUGCUACCUUCGAGGCAUUCAGGAACAGUUCAGCUCCAAACCUCGCUGCCAUGCUGACAAACUCUGAAAGUGUCAGGACGGCAGUGAAACCAGUUCCUAAACCCAGAACUGUCUUCAACCGCCGUAGGACUGCACCCAUCCACUUCUGUCCAACACCGGAGACUGUACCGCCUCCACCCAGGAGGCUUUCCCAGGAGUCUAUCUGUUUUGCUGCGUUAGAGGGUCUGACUUUGAGAGACACACCCACUACUGAGGACAGCAAGUCAGUCACUGACCUUCGACCUAGCCAGGGGGAAAGGACAAAACCCAUUCGCAGCUGGUCUUUGUCUGAUGCUGGAGGUGUGUUACCUCCUGUUCCCCCAAGGCUGAGGCUCCUCCCCUCAUCUUCACCUGGAAGGACUGAGCAGAACCAAGUUUCCGGUCAUGGUAGUCUGGACAACAGCGAGCAUUCUGGAUCCUCGCCAUCUGGCUCUCCCCGAGGAGGGACGAUGGAGAUGGUCUCUAACGAGAUCUACUGGGGCACUGUACCCAGUUCUACGGCCCCCAGUGGAGGGAAGAACUCCUGCAACCAACAGUCGGCACCUCCGACUCCACCCAGACAAACUCCUGAGAGGAACCGUGAGAAAAACCCUGAGAGAAACAGUGGCAGCACAUUAAGUAACAACUCUUCAGGAUCAACCCGAGCAGCUUCGACAGACGACCCUGAGGACGAGAUCAGUCCAUACUGUGAGACGGUCUUCCAAACUAGAGUACGCCCACAGAGCAGUGAGAGCGAAAGGAGCAGAGUGGAGGGACGAGAGGCGAGGAGAGACGAGGAGAAACCUGCAGAGGAUCAUGGUUGUCACCGGUUCUUGUGGACAAAGCGUUUGUCUCAGGUUCUUCACUCUGGAGACUCUCAGGGUUACAGCACCGUUGGAGAAGCUCCACCUGCCCCACACUGCCUCUCCCUGCCCCCCCACACCUUCCCCUUAGAGCCUGUUGAAGACCUGACCAUCUCUCCCUAUGCCACCUACACCUCCCUGACCGAGAGAGCACCGCCCAUCAUCAGCGGCUGGCUGGACAAGCUGUCUCCACAGGGGGCUCGGAGGCCAGCACUGGCUGUCCUGCUGUGUCUCCUCCUCUCUGCUCCUCCCCGUGUCUCCUCCCUUCUCAGGAGCUGCCUCUGCCUCAUCACCUUCUCCUUUUCCUCUUCUUCUUCUUCUUCUUCCACUCGGAACUAUGUCUUCCAGAAACGCUACGUCAAGUUUGACGGCAAAAAUUUGAUGUACUUUGGCAGUGAGAAGGAUGUCUACCCUAAAGGAGUGAUCCCAUUGGCUGCCAUCCAGAUGACCCGACCCUCCAAAGACAACAAGUUUGAAAUAGUGACGAGUCAGCGGAUCUUUGUGUUCAGGACUGACAAUGACGUGCUGAGGCGGCGCUGGGUGUCUACGCUGCAGGAACACGUGAGAGACCAGAUGGUUUUUGGGAGGCGGCGCUUUGGUCCCGGAUCUCACUGCCAGAAACAUGGAUUCCUUGAACUUAAAGGAACCAAAUCCAGAGUUUACGCCGCCAUCAACACAGACCAGAUCUGGCUUCACAAGAGUGAGCAGUGUUUUCGAAAUGGAAUCGGUAUCACGAUAAUUGAAGCUCGAGGAGCGACGAUCCGAGAUGGAAAACACAAGAGCUUUGACCUCAUUACUCUGUACAAAACCUUCAGCUUCACGGCAGAGUCAGAACGUGAGAAGCGGGACUGGAUGGAGGCGCUGCAGGAAUCCAUCGCAGAGACGCUGUCAGAUUACGAGGUAGCUGAGAAGAUCUGGUCCAACCGAUCCAACAGGAUGUGUGCCGACUGCAAGGCACUGAACCCCGACUGGGCCUCCAUCAAUCUGUGUGUCGUCAUCUGCAAGAACUGUGCAGGACAGCACAGAGGUCUGGGGACGAUGGUCUCCAAAGUUCAGAGUCUGAAACUGGACACCAGUGUUUGGAGCAACGAGAUCGUCCAGCUGUUCAUUAUGCUGGGGAACGACCGGGCCAAUGAUUUCUGGGCGGCUCGUCUGUCUCCUUCAGAGGAUCUGGACUGCGACGCUUCGCCUGAGCAGAGGAGGGAGUUCAUAACCCAGAAGUACCGAGAGGGUCGAUACCGGCUCCCCCACCCAUCGUUCUGCAGCCAGGAGGAGCUGCUCAAGGUCUUGUGUUCGGCUGUCUCUGAACAGACUCUUCUGAAAACUGUAACCCAGAUUUUCUUGGAGGCGGAGUCAGCUCGCCUCUCUGAUACCUCCAGCAGCUGCCAGCAGCCCCCACUUCUGGACUGUUGCCCCAGCUCAGAUCCCAGCGUGUACGAUGAGAUCAUGCAGCCUGUUCUCCACUCGGGUUACCUCUACAAGUCCGGCUCGGUCAACAGAGGAACACUGUCCAGAAAAGCACGAGAAGACUUUCAGAAGUUCUGGUGCUCGGUAGAUCAGUCUCUGCUGCUCUACGAGUCAGACCGAUCAGCCGAUCCUUGCAUGCAGAUCAACGUUAAAGAAAUUGUGUGUCUGGGAGUCAGUCGACCAGACUCCUCCAACACCAACAAUGGAUUCAUUGACAGGUUUCGUUACACUUUCGAGUUGUGUCUGACUUCAACGAAACUCUAUCAGUUUGGUUUGGAAACAGCUGACGCGCUUCACAGCUGGACCAAAGCCAUCGGAAAGGCUACAACGCCACUUAGCUGUCACUGCCUGCUGACCCGGGAGUUUGAGCGAGUCGGCCUCCUGCGGUACCGGGCCAUGCUAGACCCUCAGCAAUGGAAGGAGGCUUAUUUUGUCCUGCAGAAGUCCAACCUCUUCAUCUGCCCCCAAACCGACGGAGCUGCAGAGGAUAUCAUCAACCUGAACCGCCUGCAGGAGCUGAGUAUCACCUCUGAGGUCGAGAACCAGGAGAAGAAAGACAUCCUGGUGUUGGUUGAAAAGGGAAGGACUCUCCACCUGCAGGGCGUCAGCCGAACAGAUUUCUCUCUCUGGUACUCGGACAUCCAGCGGGCGGCUGGCGGAAAAGGAAACACCCUGAGAGAGCAGCAGCUGAGCCGAAAUGACAUCCCCAUCAUCGUGGACAGCUGCAUCGCUUUCAUCACGCAGUACGGUCUGGGCCAUGAGGGGAUCUACAGAAAAAACGGGGCCAAAUCCAGGAUCAAGCUGUUGAUGGAAGAGUUUCGUAAAGAUGCCCGAAACGUCAAAUUACGGAUUGGAGACCACUUCAUCGAGGAUGUGACUGACGUUCUGAAGAGGUUCUUUAGGGAGAUCGAUGACCCUGUCUUCAUGGCUGACCUCCACCCGCUGUGGCAGGAGGCUGCCAAAAUCUCCCAGAAGCGUCUGAGGUUAGACCGAUACAAAGAAAUCAUCUGGAGUCUUCCUCGAGUGAACAGGACAACUCUGGCUGCUCUCAUUAGUCACCUGUACAGGGUCCAGAAGUGUGCUGAUCUUAACCAGAUGUGCACCAAGAACCUCUCGCUGCUGUUCGCUCCGAGCCUGUUCCAGACCGAUGGGAAGGGGGAGCACGAGGUGAAGAUUGUAGAGGAUCUGAUAGACAACUACCUGUACGUCUUUGAUAUCGAUGAGGAGCAUCAGACUCAGAUUGAGCUGGAAAUCAGCCUGAUCACCACCUGGAAGGACACUCAGUUGUCUCAGGCCGGUGAUCUGAUCAUUGAAGUCUACCUGGAGAUGAAGAUGCCAGACUGCUGCAUAACUCUCAAAGUGUCUCCCACCAUGUGUGCUGAGGAGCUGACCAAUCAGGUUCUCUACAUGAGGAAUGUCCCGGCCGGAGACAAAGACGUCUGGAUGACGUUUGAGGCCAUCGAGGAUGGACAGCUGGAGCGUCCAUUACACCCCAAAGAGAAGGUCCUGGAACAGGCUCUGCAGUGGUGCAAGAUGACUGACCCGAGCUCUGCCUACCUGGUGGUGAAGAGAGUUCCUAAACGAGAAGGCAUCACUAUCCUCACCUCCUAUAAAAGUGAGAUCAUGAAGGUCGGACUCUUACGAUGUCGUGAAGAACCUCCAAAGCUCCUCCAGGGAACUAGGUUCCAGGAGAGAACAUUCCAGAUCCGGGACCACAAACUGCUGCUGCUCAAAGACAAGAAGAGCAUCAAACCAGAGAAGGAAUGGUCUCUGAAGUCCAUGAAGAUCUACAUCGGCAUUCGCAGAAAGCUGAAAGCUCCGACAAGGUGGGGAUUCACAGUGAUGUCAGAAAAACACCAGCUGUACCUGUGCUGCAGCCGUGAGGCUGAGCUGUGGGACUGGAUCACCAGCUUUCUCAAAGCUCAGAACGAGGACCCCGGGCCUCCGCUGCUAAGGCGUCACUCCUCCUCCGACAUCUCCAAGCAGAAGUUUGGCACAAUGCCACUCGUCCCCAUCAGAGGAGAUGAGAGCAACAGCAGCAUGCUGUCGGCCAAUCAGACGCUGAGGAAGCUACACGACAGGAGGACUCUCUCCAUGUACUUUCCCAUGAAGGUCCAGCCGGACUCAUUCGAGGAGCGUUCAGAGUCUCCUGGCCUCCCUGAGCCACUCUAUGAGGAGGUCGGAGACUUUGGUCUGCAGGUGCUCAAAUCUCUGGAAACCAGUUUCCGGUCCAGUGGUGCUGCAGAGACCCAGGAGGUCCCGGACCACCUGCCGCUCCGACUGGUUCCUCUGGAGGCUGGCCAUCUGGAUCACAUGAUCGUCCAGGAAGAGGAAGCUCGUACCAGCGGGUCUGAGGAAACUGUGGAUCAGAGCGGCAUCAGCAGUGAAGGAGGAGCUGCAGGAGAAUCGGACAUCCUUCAUCAGCCUGCAGUGAGGAGGAGACAGAAGCUGCAGGGAGUCUGCACACCAUCACAGGAGCUGCUGCUGCAGGAGCUGUCAUCAGCCUUCAUCAAGAAGGCUGAGGAGGAGGGGCAGGAGGAAGAGGAAGAGAGGCCAUAUGAUGUCUGAGAAACAGGAGUGAGGAGGAGGCUGAAGAGAUCUCAUCACAGCACAGCACAUAGUGUUGUGGAGUCAGAGGACAUCUUUCCCUCAGCGUCCAUCUAACAGCCGUCCUGGAGCUUCAGCCUCGUGCAGCAUUCCAGACAGCAUCUGUUUUGUUAUUGCUUCAGUCUGUACUACAGCUGUCCUCACGCUACCUACAGUUCCAUGCAGUAUGUCCACAGUGUGGACUUCAUCAUAAUAUUGCACACUAAGGUUUGACAGCUGCAGUCUGACUGAUGUUCACUCAGUGCCUCAGACUUGUUUCUAUACUGUGGUGUCGCUGCUGAGAAGACUGUGGAUCAGAACGAGCAGAAAGACAUGCUGGCUGCAAAGUCCAGCUGAAUACAGUUGAACUUCUGAAACAUGGUAUUGGGACAAACUAACUCUGUUCAGACAUAUUAUUUAGAGUGGUGAUGUGGAUCCUGGAAUGCAGCCUUUGGUCUUUGUCAGUUUGCUCAGCUGAUUUCUCUUCCAUGUUCAUGGAGACGAUUUCUCUGUUCAGCUCUGAUUCGCUUUUCUUUCUAAUUUAACCCUCUGAAUCCCUGGGCAGUUUCUCACAGUUUACUUUUCCUUUUUCCUCACUGUGUUUCUCUACAGUUUCUCUGCAGCUCUAUGGAAACAGAACCACUCAGAAAUGUGUUUUCCAGGUUUUAAACUCAGAAAUGACAGAAGAAAGAGAAACAAUUCUUCGAUGAUGUUCUUUAGAAAAAUGUAAUAAAUGUAUUUACAGAUGUCAGCAGCAUUGGAGGCUCCACCCACUAGAGAUAUUUAAGUAUUUACAUUUUACAGCCUCUACAAACUUUUUUUACUUCACAGUUAAACAAGCCUUUCUAACCCACUUGGUGGUGUUGAAGGCAUGCUUCCUUCUUUAAAAAAAUCUCCGGAAUGACACCAUUUAUCAGGCUGAAACACUCCUUUACAUGGUCAGUGAAGAUUGAUAACUUUAACAAAGCAGAGAAAGAGCUCUGUGGGCCCGAAGAAAUGUCGCGAAAAAUUUAAUUAAAAUUAUUUAUUCCACUGGAAUCAUUUAGAUACAACCUGCUACAGAUAUUUAACUAUUUAGAUUUAUUACAGCCUCUACAAACUUUCUUAUGACUUUUUAAUGACAUUUCACCAUGCUGAAUGUAUCUAAAAUGUAAAUGACACAUGUGAAAUAGAAAGAUUUUCAUGAAAUAUAGAUGUUUUUAUUUUUUCUGACUGAAUGGCACACCACAGAUGAUUAGUUCAGGGAAUCAUCUGUGGUUCCAGGAAGUUCAAAAAUCUGAUGAAUCUUUCUGUCACAGCUGGGUCAGACAAAGAGAACUAGUUGUGCUGAGGAGGGAUCUGAUUUGAUCAUUUUUAAAUGAAAUAUGUAGAAUAAAGUGGUUUUGAUGAAAUACCACAGUUUUAAGCUCAUAUUUGGUUUAUUUGCCUGAUGUACACAUUACAUUCAAGGACCAUAAGAAAGUACACAAUCUGAUGAUUCUGUCUCUUUUGCUGCAUGUUGUGAGGAUGAACAAACUAGUUUUCAGACUGAUGUGUGAAGUCGAAUGAAAAUUGUAGAGAUCGUCAUGAACAGGUUUGUGUGUUGAAAAAUAUUUUUUUUGUUGUGUCUGCCUCUGAGGAAUGUAUAACCGCCUCUUUAAACAGGCCUGAUGUUGAACCUGUCUGUGAUGCUGUGAGCCAGCAGCAGAUGGCAGCAAACAGUCAGUAAAACAACAAGGACACAACAUGAAGAUCAACAGUGCUGCAGAAAGACUUGAUGCGUGUGUCCACCAGUCCUCACCAGCGUGGCUCUGACAUCUCACUGCUCUGCUAGUGCUUCGUCUGUAUAUAUUCAGUAUGUUAUUCUAUAAAGCUGGUUGUUCUGAA